CCUGUCAAAAAGAUCUUGCCAACUCUUAUGGGGAUUUCAGGCAGAAACUCAUUUCCUGUCUGAACGUGGACAACAGCUGAGGCAAACAGAGUACUUUCCUAAAGGCAAGAGGGGAAGCCGCUGUGCACACAUCCAGUGUUGAUUUUCCAUCUGGCACUUCAUGGAGGCCUGUGUGUACAUAAUUGAGACUCCGCAGACCUACUAGGCCCCGAGGGAAAGCGAUUACCUCCAUACAGUCCUCAAGCUGAACUGAGCGAAGAGCUUCAUUGUCCACAACUGAGGAAAUGUCCAGAUUAACACAGGUAAACGGCAAUUCCUUUUUUUGUUCCAAAGAGGGCUGUUGUGUCUCCCGAACACCUUCCCCUUCCCCUCUGCCAUGGUGGAUGUGACAAGAUCAGCUGGCUUCCAGAAGGCAAAAUAUUCAGUAAUGUUCAAAGGGAAAAGAUCAUCUCCAAGUUUCUUAAAGAAAGCGUUCUAAAGAGAGUGUUCCGUUCAAAGCAAAUGAGGUGGGAGGGCUCCGGCUACCAGAAUGAGGACCUAAGCGACAACUUUCCUGGCACCAGAAAGUGCCAGGGACCUGCGGAGAUCUCUUAGCUCGCGGUCAGGGUCAGGGCCAGGGCCCAGGAAGGCCCGAGAAGUCCCUGCGGCCGUGACCUCCGCCCUUGCGGAGCCUCGGGGCGGCCCCUCCACCUGCGAUGGCUGAGUGCGCCUGUCCGUCCGCGAGGAGGAGCGGAGGGGCGCAGGGGCCCGGACUCAAGGCACUGCCCUGGCGGCGCGGCUCGCCCCGAGGGGCUGGAGGCCUGGCGACCCCCAGAAGGCUCCGGGUCCAGGCGGCCCCCGACCGGCCCGCGGCCCCGGAAUACCGGUGGCCCCGGUGGAACGCGGGGCCGUCGCGAGCGCCCCCGCUCCAUGGUAGUUGCCGGGCGACCGGGCCGCUGGGGAGGCCCGCGGAGCCGCAGCCCCAGCCCAGGCUGGCCUCGCUGGGCCCGGCCUGGGCCCCUGCGUCCCGCAGGCCGUCCAGCGCCGAGGGGGGCGCGCUCGCGGCCAGCCGCCGUCCGCUGCCCCCCCUGUCCUCCCGCUGCAGGAAGGCCGAGUCCGAGGGGGCGCCCGUCAAGCUGUUCGCCCCGCACGCGGAGGGACCCGGGCCUCGGGGCAACAGCGCCUUCGGGGACGACGCCGACGACGACACGUGGGCAUGCGGCGCCAUGGGGAUUUUAAGGAAACAGAGAUGCAAAAUGGGAAGAAGAAAUGGAGAGAACAAUGGCACCACCCCGCGUGCAUCCAGCAUCUCGAAGGAGAACUUGUGUCACUGGAAUUUGGAUUCAGAAAUACCUGAUCCUGAAAAUAAAAAUCUCCCACCUGGAAAGGAUAGUGCAACAGGUGGUUCAAUUAACAAGAAUAGUAAGCAAGGGAUGUUUCAGUUAUGGAGUUAUCCUCUUAACGAAGGAAGUAACAUGGAGAACAGGGAUUUCAGAAAAUCAUCCGUGGAAACUGGCUUUAAUGUAACCAAUAAUCCCAUAAGGCUCUUUACUCUGAACCACUCACUUGUAACAAGUGCUUCAGUUGAGAAGCAAGUUGGUUCUUACCCUGGACUGCAGAUACCAUCGGUUCUCUGCUGGCCCUAUGCUGAUGGAGACUUUUUGAAGGACAGAAAUGAGCCUUAUAUUAACUUAUGUUCGACUAUAGAAAACAAUAGUGGUGAAACUUUACCUGCUUUAAAUUGGAACUUGAAAUAUGGAAACAGCAGUGUGGAAGAAAACUUAACAGAUGAAAGUGAUUUAUCAGAAAAUGAAAAAGCAAAUGAUAGUUUGCUCCCCUACUUUAAAAAGAUGGACCUGAACUUAAAGCCAGAAACAAUAGUAAACGUUGAGGAAUCUUUCACAGAGGAACCAAGUGAAGUAUUUCCAUAUCCUGAUUUUCUCCCUUCUCCUUUCAAUACCCUGGACUUGCACAAAUUAGCCCUUUCAAAAUCUGAAAAUUGGAAAGUGACAGUAGAUCCUCCAGAAAGCUCUGUUGAACGUCUGAUAACUCGUUUACUAGAAAUGGAAAGAUUGCAACACAUGACUAUCCAAAAAGAGAGGCCCAGACUACAAACUACCUUCUGUACUCUGGCAGCUACUGAACGACCCUCUUCCUCCAAAGCUAUACCCAAAGUGAGACAGCCCAAACUUUCAGACCCUUUGAGUCUUCAGACGACUUGUGUAGAUAAAAGUCGUGAAAAAAGAAAAAGCAAUUCUGGAUCUUGCAAGCUUGAACAAAAUGCUUCAAAAUGGAAUUGGAGCAAUGCCGGCAAAUAUAAAUGGAAUUCUAGACCAACAUCUCUAAAAAGUUCAUCCACCACCAAACAAUUGGUUGCAACUUGUGAUGACUUUAGGAAUCUCAAAGGCUCCAUUUUAAAUCCAUGCCAAGAACUCGCAACCAAGCCUACUCCUUCUCAAACAACUCAAUCAUUGGUUAAAAUGGUCUCAACAAGAUGUCUGCCACCGAAGUCUCCAAUACCAGUCUCAUCUAUACCUCUGUCUUUCCCCGAAAAUCAGAGAGAAGAAAUUAAGGUACCAAGGACCAAAAAGAAACUUUAUCAAAAAAACAUAGCACUGAACAGACCAUUCUAUAUUCAGAAGCUAAACUGUUUAUCACCUUCCUUUACAGCUAAGGAUACCAGAAGAAACCCACCAUUACUCCACUAAAGCACUCCUGAGAUUUAUGUGUACUCUAAAUCCAUCAAUCAAAAGGAAAAAAUUGGGGACAAUAGCCUAUUUCCUUUCUUUACACUUUACUAUGAAAUUUCACGGACCACCUUCCAUAAAAGUAAACCCUGGUUAAGUCCUUUGUAAUGGGUAAUUAAUAUACUGAGUUGUUCUUCUAAGACAUCGUUUCUAGAAUAAUACAGUGGUAAUCACAUCAUUGGCAAGAAACUUUACGGAUGUACAAGGCAACCUGACUGAUGGACUUACCAGGAUAUUGUCUGGCUUGAUAUCUGCAUGUAGGAUAUUGCAUCUUUUAAGGAGUUUUAAUGCCAAGAACAGCUGCUGACUAUAGGAUCUCACGGCUUUAAUAUGAAGACCAACAUCUUUACCAUAUUUUUUUAACACCUCUCGUAAAUUCAUACUUUUAGGAGAGAAAAGCAACAACACAAAAUUAGGGGUUACAAUGCAAAAUGGAAAUAAAAAAGGCAAAAUCAUGUCCAAGCAUAAAGUAAAAUCAAAUCUGCAAUCUGUAUUAUAAUGAAAGUACCUGUUCAAGAACCUCCUCAGAUGUUUAAUAAAUUAUUCUACAUUGAAAUGAGAGCA